CUCCUGGCCGGCAGUAGUACUUAUUAAUACAGUUCUCGUGCCGUCUCUCUUGUCGUUUCAACUUGGACCUGCUCUCUCUCAGCCCUCUCAAGUCGAACACCGAGCUUAUCCAAGCAGGACAAUAACAAAAUGUCUUCGACCGAAUCCAAACCGCAAGAAGCUCAAGAGAAGCACGAUGCCGAAUCGACCAUCAAACGAAACCCUCACGGUGACUUCACCAAGGUCCAAGCGUCGAGACCUGACUGGGACCAAGACCGUGAAUGGCGUUUCACAAAGACGCAAGAUCCGACGUGGACCUACGGUGGUGGCGCGUCUGACAAGUCGGGCCUGUCCCGGUCUCACGUCUCGAUCGACCCUUACGCCGAGGGACGCUCGCCCGUGUCGAACUACAAACUUCUCAUCUCGGGUAUCAUCCCUCGACCGAUCGGGUUCCUCUCGACUCGGUCCAAGGACGGGGCGUCCACCAACCUGGCCCCCUUCAGCUACACCCAGGUCUUCAACCACGACCCUCCCAUCUUCGGGGUAGGGUUCAGCGGGGGGUUCGACAACGCCAAGGACACUCUCCGGAACCUGAUGGACACGGGCGAGUGCGUCAUCAACAUCAUCAGCGAGGAUUACGUCGAGGCGGCCAACUCUUGCGCCAUCGACCUGCCCUACGGCGAGAGCGAGUGGUCGGUGUCGGGUCUGACUCCCGCCCAGAGUAAAACGGUAAGGGCGUCUAGGGUGAGAGAGGCCGUGUUUAGUGUGGAAGGUAAAUUACUCAACACUCAAGAAUUCGAGUCCAGGACGACCCCGGGGAAGAAGACGGGAGUCUUGGCCGUGAUCGAGGGUGUGCACUUUUGGGUCCGAGAGGACGCCAUCAACGAGGACAAGAGUAUCAUCGCGCCCGAAGUCUUGAGACCAAUUGCGAGACUUGGUGGCAUCACUUACGCCAGGGUCCUCGACGGGUUUGAGAUUCCCAGACCCAUCCUCAAAGACGAACAGGACCAGGGGAAGAUUGUGGACGGUAUGGUCAAACCAAAAGUAGAUGGGCAGUAGCUGUGGGAUGGAAUUUCAGCAUAGAACAUAGAAUAUAGACCACAGACGUCGGAUGUUGGGCCAAAUUCAGGAUAUAGAUUCAAAGCCUCAACAUUCAUGAUUCGAAUCUGACUGCCAGACAAGAAUCCAUCCGAGUAGAAAAAUGACAUCUUCC